AUGGUUGCAUUGGAAAGGGGUGGGCUUUUCCGUACGAUAGAGUCGUGUUCUAGUGCAACAGAUGGCGAAGGGCAAAACUCUGCCCGGGAAAAAACGAAGAUAAGAAAUGAGGAACGGGAGGUCACCAUGCGGAAAUGGCAGGAGGAGUGGGUUAUUUCCACCAAAGGAAGGUGGACUUAUAGACUGAUCCCUAAGAUCGAUGAGUGGCAGGAAUGGGGACCGAAGAUCUUAAAUUACCAUCUAACACAAGUGCUUACUGGGCACGGGUGUUUUGGUACUUAUCUUAAGGAGAUAGGUAAAGCGGACACCGAUGUUUGUUGGUUCUGCCAGGAUGCUACCGACGAUCCAGAACACUUUUUACUGAACUGCACUAGAUGGGAACGCCAAAGAAAGAAAAUGACCGAUGUAGUGGGUACUUUCGUGAUGGAGGACCUUGUUAAGAUACUGAAAGAGCCUGAAAAGAGGCCGCAUGUUAUGGAAUUCCUUGUAGCCGCCCUCCUGGAUAAGGAGAAGUGGGAAAGGGAGAACAUCAAGAAUAAGGAAAAGGCUGUAAACAGCAAAAGGCAAAAAAAGCCAUACAGUAAAAGGAUGCACGUGAGGAUAAAUCCAGCCCAUGCAGUACGAUGUAACGAGGGCGUGGCAAAGCAUCCUCCGAAGUAA